GUAACUUCCUACGAAAUUCCCCCGGUCGGUAUAGAUGGACUGCAAACGAGUAAACUUGUGUAAGCAGGGUGUGCAGGAACAAAUGUAUAAGUGACCUAGACUUAUCAUUCAAGCUUCCAUGAACAACCUGAAUGACCCCCCCAGGUGGAACAUUGAGCCAGACCCCCGAGGAAGGGGAGCGGGGGCCGGUGAUGGCCAUCAAUGGAACUACGCCCUGCUGGUCCCAAUGCUGGGACUGGCUGCAUUUCGUUGGAUCUGGACGAGGGAGUCUCAGAGGGAGAUCCAGGAGGUCAAAGCUCAGUAUAAAAUAGACGUUUCAACAAUAAAAAGCGAAAUGGAGAUAAAGUACCGUGAGACACUAACAGAUAGGCGAAGGGCAGCAGCUACACUCGAGCUGGAGCUGGAGAAGGAGAGGCAGAGGGUGAAAGGCUACAAACAGGCCAUGGUCUCACAGAGCCAUCAGCUGAUGGAAGAACGGAAACAGCUACAUGAGGAGCGUGAAGCCUUGGAGGAAGAAAAGCAGAGGUUGGUGAAGUCCGGCGCUGCAGGGGCGGUACUGCAUCACGCCCUGGAGCGAGAAGACAAUCGGUCGCAGCGAGCCAACGCCACUCUGAAGGAGCUGGAGUAUCAGCUUCUGGAGCGCCAGAAUGUUUACUGUUCCCUCAUCCAACCUCGGGACCAGCGGCUGGAGAUGGAGAAGAACAUGCUGAUCAAGGUCGUCAAAGACCCUGUCCUGGCAGAACUGGACCUAGAGUCUGAUCUUAAGGAUGUUUUUAAGAGAGAUACGCACUGUGCUGACUUGCUAAACAUGGACAAGAGGAAGAAUGGCAGCCUCAUGUGGGUUUACCUCAAGUACUGGCAGCUGCAGGUCACUGUGCAGAAACACAAGAGGGCUGAAGGAGCCAUCUUAGGAGGGAAAAUCCAGUCCCACACAAAGUGACGAACACGAGCUGGGGUUUUUCAUUAGACUUUUAAGAAUGUUCAGAUGAGUGGUGGAUCAGGACUGAAAAUGCAUGUUUUUUUUUUGUUAUCUUCUUUACUUGUUAGAGUCCUUCCUUGAUCCCAGCUAUGAAACAGAAGGAUUAUUUCCACCACCUGGAAUUAAAACAUGAUCAUUUCAGAAGCCCCAAUUAAGACCCAUUGGCUUUAAAUUAACUGUGUGCAGACCUAUAAUGAUAACAAUCCACUAUAAGAUGAUAUCCAUAUUGGAUGCACAAUUAAUGAUAUGUACAUAGAGAGGUAUUUUUUUUCCACUUAGCAAAAAUUAAUCACAACAAUUGUAUCCAUUUAACUCCAUGAGUGCCAUGAAUUACUGCUCACAGGGAUACAUUGUAGAUCUGGAAAAUUUCAGUUUGUCCACCUCAGGUAUGAAUUUAGGAUUCCCUUGUAUUACUCUACGAUGUGAUAUAUUGCACAUCUAUGUGUUGCUGGCUGCAAGUGUCUUCAGGAAGAAAAAGACAAUAAAUAGCAAAUGUGUUCGACAAAACACAGAAAACGGGAACCAUUAACACAUGGAAAAUAUUUUUCUAACAUUAUUUUGCUGCAAAGUCGUAGAACGUGUUGUUGGCAUGUUGAUACACUUGAUUCGGGGAUAUUUAUCAUGAUAUUUGUGGGACUUUAUUUGUUUUUUUAUCCAUGAAGAACAUCUCUCUUUACACUCGAUAUGUUUGCUGACAUUUAUGAUUCAUGGCCAAAAACCAAAAGCAUAGUAUAUCUGUUUACUUUGUCUGGUUUGUGGGAGCUUUUAGGUUAACUAUCAGGGAGACUGGACACUGAACGUGCAUGUGAAUCUAAAUAAGGGGAUAGAGCUCAAAGUUUUGCUCAGUACUGCAACACCUUACCACCAAACUGCAACAGAAAUAGUCAAACAGCACCCUUUUACCUCACGCUGCACCCCUGUGAUGAAUGGAUUAACUAAAGCAGUAGCUUUUCUAUAAGGUUGUCAAACAUCUCAAUGAUGUUAUUUUUUUGUUUGCACCAUAACUUGGUGAUUAAGUGCUGGAUAUGCAUCCAUAAAUGCAAAUGUACUGACUCUUAGAACUAUGUGAAAUCAUAAUAAAUCAAUAAAUUCCAGGUUUAAGGACUUCA